CCACUCAGUGCAUGCCCAGUUUUUCAAUGCCGCGGGAGAUUUGCCCAACUAGCUCAUUGCUUCGCAUCACCUCCUCCACACAGCAGUAAAAUGGCAAUAGAGGUGUUUCCAGGUCUCGCGCAGAGGAUUGCGCUUGUCUUCAUCAUCUUGACGGCCAUCGCUUGGUUCCUGAUCGUGAUUGGCUUCGGAAUCGGCAGCGAAGAGUUGGAGAAUGUCGAGGUCGGAUAUGGGGCUGGCAUUUUCGCUUUCCCGAUGGACGCAAACGACCGCGCUGAGCCGCCCUCCUACAUGUAUCGGAUGACCAUCUUCAGCGGAGUCGGUGCGGUGGUCGUGGGGCUGUUGCAUGCUGCAUUCUGGAAACCCUUCAGCAUGAUCUUUGGAGCUAUCACAGCGUUCUUCAGUGUACUGUUCCUCAGCUCCCUGGGAAUGAUCCUCUACUACAAUGGAAACAUCAUCAGAGUCAUAAACAGCAAUUAUAAUAAUGUUGAAAUCUCUGCCUGGUUUGCUCUCGAGUUUGUUGGAGCCUUUCUGGCCAUCCUCUUCUGGACGGCAUUCUUCAGUGUGCUGUUCAUCAGCUCCCUGGGAAUGAUCCUCUUCUAUAAUGGAGACCUUAUCAGAGUCAUAAACAGCAAUGAUAAUCUGGAUGUCGAUAUCCCUGCCUGGUUUGCUCUCGAGUUUGCUGGAGCCUUUCUGGCCAUCCUCUUCUGGACUCCAGUCAUGAUGCUGUGGUUCUUCUACGAUGUGGACGUGACGUUUAGGAAGGCCUAGAGUGCAGUAUCAAAGCAACCAGAUGAACACCCUAGGAUUUCAACUCCCAUAUAUAUACCAUAGCUACAUAACUUUCUAUCAUGAACUAUUAGUCUUUCCACCUGUAAAGUUAUUGAAAACUU